AUGUCGGACCGGGGGUCAGUCCCGCUGAGUGCGCGCAGCCAGGCGUCGCGCGCCCCCAGCACCUUCCGCUCACAGAGCAGGAACACGGUCGGCCCGGUGGAGAGCAAGUCACGGACCUCCUUCAUGUCACACUCGAACAACAGUGUCAUGGGUCGCAAGAGCAAGGACCGCCGCAGCACUCGCAUGUCCCACAUGCGGAGGAAGGGCAAAGGCUUUGAAACCACCGAUGAACAAGUCCAGGUGGUGGAUGCCUCUGGCCGCGACGUGACCCCCAAGCCGCUGCUGUCGAUGCGGCCCACCGUGCUGCACGAGCGGGACCGCCUGAUGCACACGCCCUCCGCGGCGCACAGCCCCGUCAGCGAGCUCAACGACAGCUACGACAGGGCCUCGUCCAUCUUCAGUUGGCUGACGCGGACCCUCGUCUUCCUUGUCUACAACAGCUAUAGUCGGCGGAGCAGCAUCAGCAGCAUGAGCCCAGACGCCUUGGAGGAGGCUAACGAGGAAGAGGGAGAUUCUGAAGGAAAGGCAGCCAAGCCUGGGAACAAGCAGGACGAUGGUAAUAGGCGCGCGAGUGGGGCGGAACUGGGAAGGACGCAAGUGGUGGUUGUGAACGAAGCAGCUCCCAUCAGACCAGGGACCAGGGGGCAGGACUUUGAGGGCAUGAUCCGCUUACGGCUCCGGGAGAGUCCCACCGUCUGCCUGCUCCACCUGCCAGGGGAUGCGGUCAGCACCGAGGACCCCGGCAUAGCGGCUGUGACGGCAGCAAACGACCGGUAUGCGGCGCAGGUGGCCGGCAAGGCGGGCAGCGAGAACUUCGUGGGCAAGGCGGCGCAGACGCUGCCCAGCAUGAUGAAAGCGAAAGAGGUGCAGAUGCCGGCCGUGGGAAAAGCGGAAGCGGCGUGUCAGUCAAGCUCGUGGGAGCUGUAUGACGCAUUUGAAGCCGCAGACGCGGCAGAGGCGGAAGCAGAAGAGCGGGAAGCAGCGACAGAAAAGGAGAACAACGCCGCCGGGCCAGCCGCACAAGCACGGACGGAAGAGGCGGUCGCCUCAAAACGAUACUCGGACAGCGCGUCCGCGUGGGCGUCCGCGCGCACGAGCCGGCGCACGAGCGCGAUGAACGACGACGCGCAGUCGUCGUACGGGGGCAUGGACGGCGUGAGCGUGAUCGUCGGCGGAACGAUGGACGGGCGGAGCGUGGCAGCGGACACGGACCUGGGCUCGCUUCUGCCCGAGGAAGAAGUUGCGGAUCUGACGGUCGUCAAGGGGCUGGACAAGGCGCUGCAGGUCAUGGAGCGCGCGCUCGCGCAAAACGUGUUCCACACCAAGCUCAUCGAGUACCGCGACUUCCACGUGGCGCGCCCCCCGGCUCACGACGACGGCGCGCCCGCGGACCCGUCUCUGAGCACGCUGCGCAGCCUGCAGUCGCUCUCACUCCUUUGGGAGUUUUCCGCGGAGAUUACGGACGGCCGCCAGGUGUCAGGCAUGACGUGGAACAAGGGCUGCCGCGACAUGCUGGCGGUGGGGUACGGCCAGUUCGAGUUCGAGAAGCAGCGCGGCGGCUUGAUCGCGUUCUGGUCGCUCAAGAACCCGCAGUUCCCGGAGUGGACUAUCAGCACGGAGCAAGGGGUCACCGCGCUCGACUUCAGCGCGGCCAGCCCCAAUCUGCUCGCAGUCGGCUUCUACGACGGCGCGGUCGCGAUCUACGACGUGCGCGGCGCGGCGACCGCGGAGCCGCUGUACGCGGCGGUGCACGGCGCGGGCAAGCACACGGAACCGGUGUGGAAGCUCAAGUGGGUGGACCGCGGCCAGGACCGCGGGGAGCAGCUCGUCUCCAUCUCCACCGACGGCAGGGUCACGCAGUGGGCGCUCAAAAAGGGCCUUGAGUACUCCGACCUGAUCAAGUUGAAGCGGGUGGCACGGCGGAGCAAGGCGGGCAGUACCGCGCAGGCUGAGGCAUUCAUCUCGCGAAAAGCGAGUGGAAUGUGUUUUGACUUCAGCCCGGCCGAUCCUAGCAUCUACAUUGCCGGCACCGAGGAAGGGGCCUUGCACGCGUGCUCGUGUUCGUACAGCGAGCAGUACCUGCGGACGUACGUUGGCCACACGGGGCCCGUGUACCAAGCCCACUGGUCGCCCUUCGCACCCAACCUGUUCUUAACCGCCAGCGACGACUGGACCAUCCGGCUGUGGGCGGAAGACCAAGAGACGCCGCUUUUGGUCUUCCAAACGGGUACGCACUACGUAAGCGACGUCCAGUGGUCACCCACAAACUCCACCAUAUUCGCAACCGCGAACGGCGAAGGCAAGCUGGAGAUCUGGGACCUGGCUGCCUCCGUGAUCAAGCCCGUUUUGUCGCACAGCGUCCUGGCCAGUACUCUUUCCACCGUCCUGUUUGCGGAGGACGCGCCCAUAGUAUUGGCAGGCGACAGUAAUGGCGGGGUUAGCGUGUUCAAGGUCACCGGGUUAGAACCAGUAGACGACCUCACGCGCGAGGAGCAGAGGGCGAGGCUGGAAGCGUGCGUGGGCAAGAAAAAGCCGUAG